AUGGCUGAUGGCAACGAGGAUCUGCGGGCUGACGACUUGCCUGGGCCAGCCUUCGAGAGCUAUGAGUCCAUGGAGCUUGCCUGCCCCGCUGAGCGCAGCGGCCACGUAGCCGUCAGCGACGGGCGCCACAUGUUCGUCUGGGGCGGCUACAAGAGUAAUCAAGUCAGAGGACUAUAUGACUUUUAUCUGCCUAGAGAAGAACUAUGGAUCUACAACAUGGAGACUGGAAGAUGGAAAAAAAUCAACACCGAAGGUGAUGUUCCUCCUUCUAUGUCAGGAAGCUGUGCUGUGUGUGUAGACAGGGUGCUGUACUUGUUUGGAGGACACCAUUCAAGAGGCAAUACCAAUAAGUUCUACAUGCUGGAUUCAAGAUCUACAGACAGAGUGUUACAGUGGGAAAGAAUUGAUUGCCAAGGAAUUCCUCCAUCAUCAAAGGACAAACUUGGUGUCUGGGUAUAUAAAAACAAGUUAAUAUUUUUUGGAGGGUAUGGAUAUUUGCCUGAAGAUAAAGUAUUGGGAACUUUUGAAUUCGAUGAAACAUCUUUUUGGAAUUCAAGUCAUCCAAGAGGAUGGAAUGAUCAUGUACAUAUUUUAGAUACUGAAACAUUUACCUGGAGCCAGCCUAUAACUACUGGUAAAGCACCUUCACCUCGUGCUGCCCAUGCCUGUGCAACUGUCGGAAAUAGAGGCUUUGUGUUUGGAGGCAGAUAUCGAGAUGCUAGAAUGAAUGAUCUUCACUAUCUUAAUCUGGAUACAUGGGAGUGGAAUGAAUUAAUUCCACAAGGCAUAUGCCCAGUUGGUCGAUCUUGGCACUCACUAACACCAGUUUCUUCAGAUCAUCUUUUUCUCUUUGGAGGAUUUACCACUGAUAAACAGCCACUAAGUGAUGCCUGGACUUACUGCAUCAGUAAAAAUGAAUGGAUACAAUUUAAUCAUCCAUAUACUGAAAAACCAAGGUUAUGGCACACAGCUUGUGCCAGCGAUGAAGGAGAAGUCAUUGUUUUUGGUGGAUGUGCCAACAACUUGCUUGUCCAUCACAGAGCUGCACACAGUAAUGAAAUACUAAUAUUUUCAGUUCAACCAAAAUCUCUUGUACGUUACAUUUAAGAGAAAGAAGGCCCAGGAGCAGUGGUUCACGCCUGUAAUCCUAGGACUCUGGAAGGCUCAGGCUGAGGCGGGUGGAUCGCUUGAGCCCAAGAGUUCAAGACCAGCCUAAGCAACAUGGAGAAACACCAUCUCUACAAAAAAUAUAAAAGUUAGCUGGGUAUAGUGGGUGCCUGUAGUCCCAGCUACUCGGAAGACUGAGGGGGGGAGGAUCACCUGAGCCCAGGAGGUAGACGUUGUGGAGAGCCAUGAUCCUGUCACUGCACUGGGUGACACCAGCCUGGGUGACAGAGAUCCUGUCUCAAAAAAAAAAAAAAAAAAAAGGAAAAAAACUAUUGGAUAUUACCUGAGUUGCAGAAACCUGCUGUGGAUUAAAAUGAUGCAAUAAUAACCACAAAUAGAGUUAAGUCCUAUCACAUGGAAAUGGGACUAAUACCUUGGCUAUACCACUAUUUCUCGUCCUGGGGAGAUUCUGCCCUCAGAAGACAAUGGGCAAUGUCUAGAGAUAGUUUUGGUUGACACGAUGAGGGGUGAGAAAGGAAUAGGUAGGGGCUGCUACUGGGAUCUAGUGGGUAAAGGCCAAGGAUGUCGCUAAACAUUUUAUAAUGAAUGGGACAGACCCCACAACAAAGAAUUAACCAACCCCUAAUGUUAAUAGUGCCAAAGUUGAGAAACCCUGGGCUAGAACAGCCUUCUCUCUUACCCAUUAUUAAGAAGAAAUCCCAGAGUUCUUAUUUGCUGUGCUGCCUGUGAGAUUGCCCCCAUUUAUUUUACAAUAUGAAUAAACUUAGAUUUAGGACAGAAUGCUUGGUGCUGAAGUAUAAUUAAUAUUUGAGUGUUUGCUAUGUGCCAUAAACUUUUCUAAAUGCCCUUUACAUACAUUAGUUAUCAAAACAACCCUCUCCUGGGUAGGGACAUUAUCCCCAUUCUUCAGAUGAGGAAACUGAGGCACAAAGAAUGUUUCCAAGUUUGUACAGUUACAUAUAGCAGAGUUGGGAUUAAGACCCCGAAAGUUUGACUUCAUAGCCUGCAGUCUUGUCUUAGGUUUUUAAGUUUUAAUAAGUUGUGUUUCAAACAUUCUGGGAACUGAAUUGUAAUCACAGUGUUGUAGUAGGAACCCCAACAUAAAAUCAUACCUCAUUUCCCUGUUGAUCCAGAUCUUGCUCUUCCUGUUCCGAACAUAUAAAAAUAAAAAUGUCAGCUAUAAUGUAAAAUGAAAAUUCCACACCAUUAAACCAUAAGGAGAAAGAAACAGUGAUAUAACCAGACUGUCAUUUCUGACCCACAGGAUAGGGGGCCUCAAGGUUAUAUUCUUCCUAAGACUCUGAAGUGGAUUCGUAUAUGUGUUUGUGUGUGUCUGUGUUUAUUACUUAAGAAAGUAAUGUCAUUCAAGAGAAGAAGGGUAGUUCUCUGAAGUAGACGAGGUGGGAACUGAAACUUUCAUAUAAAGUAUAUGUUAAAGCAGCAAAAGUUAUAAGGACAAUUUAAAAUGACAACUAAGGUUGAUAAGUUUGCCAGGAGAAAAGCAAAUGGAGAAUUUUGGUCAACAGAACUUUUAUUUUUAAAUAUCUGUUCAACAGUUUUGGAUAAAUUUUUCCCAUAUUCCAUAAAAUAUGCUUAAUUUUG